UUCUCUUUUAAUUAGAAUUUUCGAAUAUGAAAAAAUCUUUAGGAAGAAACGGAACGGAAGGGGAAACGCAUGGUGCGUAUGAUAUAAACUUUUUGUGUGGGACCACACCAAAGCCAUUCUAACUUCGCUUUCAAGUCCCAAUUGAAGAGUUUUUUCAGUCACUCUGGGUAAUAGUAGCAGGCAGCACCUUUCUUCUUCUCUCUAAAUUCUAUGGAUUAAUUUGUGAUUGUUGAAGAAGAAAUGGGUUCAUGUGUUUCAGUGCACAAAGACCCUCAAUUUCGUCUUGUUUUUGGGUCCAAAACUGCUCAUCAUACUCCAUCACCUCUACAACAAAAACCAACUCAUCGAUCUUCAACGCCCUUUCCUGAUUUCGGUAGUAAGGAGGAGACCUUCUUUGAUUCCCAGGCUUGGUUAGAUUCUGAUUGUGAUGAUGACUUCCUUAGUGUAAAUGGAGAUUUUACCCCUUCUCGUGGUAGUACUCCUGUCCAUCCCAGCUUGGCUGGAAAUUUAAAAGGUAACAGAGAUUCCCCUGCUUCUUUUCGGCAAUCACCGCCACAGGAAAAAAAGAAGAGAUUGUCUGAACUUUUCAGUGAAAGCUUGAGAAGUGAGCUCAAUGAGCAAAACGUCACAAGUACAAAAAAGGAAACUGCAGUUACUGAUGAUCGAGUUCCACCAAGAUCUACACCUGGGACACCUUAUGCGUCUGUGUGUAACAGCGAAAGAACUCCCAAUGGAGAGCUAAAAUGUGAUGUCAAAUCAUCGAAGCCAGCACAAUGUUGUCUUCCAAGGUUACUCUCAAGUCGUAGCUUUAGUGAGAGGAGGAAAAGAAUGAGCCCAGCACGUACUGUUGGCUGACAACCCGACCAAUAAGUUGUCUCUCUUAAGGUAUAUAUAUAUGUGUGUGUGUUUUAUGUGCAUGUUUAAGGUAUACAAUAUGAACUUUGAUGGUCAAUAAAACUUAAUGGCCAUGAGAUUCCGGGGCAAAUACACAGUUGUGUAGAGUUCUGGUAUGUUCAUUCUUGAAUUUGUGUUUUUUUAUGUAAAAAGAUAUAGAAAAACAGCUUUCCAAUUGAUCAUCAGUAGUUCACUUUCUUGUUUGUAUA